UUUUUUUCUCUUUAUUCUCUAUAGAAAAAAGCUGAACUGUUUCUUCUGUUUCUGAUUGAAGAAAAGAAAAACAACAAACAGAUAUUCAGACUACUACUGCUGUUGAUGCUGCGCCACUUGGUGGGUUUUUUGUCAUUGCCUCCUCCGAUAAUUAUGAUGAUGUGUUGGCUGAAUUUUAUUUCGUCGGGCAUAUAUUUCACAUCAUUUAUGUGAUGAUGAUGAUGAUUUGAUUCAAUAAAACAAAACUCAGAUGAGUUCUGUGUCUAUGUGUGUCUAAAAUCGAUUCGUUCAUUUUUUUUUUUUUUUUUUUGGUUGAUUUACCGGCUGAUUUUUGUAAAUAAUUUUAUGUUCAUUUUUGUGUAACAUCUUUUGGCCAAAAUUUUUGAUAUUAAUCACUCACAUCUCCUUUCUCUCUUUGUUAGUAAAUCUGAUUUUAUUUUUUGACAAAUUGAUUGAUCAACAACUCCCACACAAACACACACACACACUCACACAAAAAAAAACAAACGCAGCAAAUCAGUCAUAAUGUCCAGUACAACAACAAAUGAAUAUGAAUCAAAUUAUGAUUCCGGUGGUGGAAUCAUCAUGUCCACCAAUGAUAUGGCAUAUAGUUAUCAUAAUAAUAAUUCAUUCGGAUCGGGUACAUCAUCAUCACGAUCAUCCGGAUCAACAGUGAAAACAUCAUUUUUUCAGUCUUCAAAUCAAUCCAAAUAUGAAGAUUUAAAACAAAUGUUGGAAAAUUCCAAAGAAUUAUUGAAAUUAGAAGCAAUGAAACGAAUCAUUACAAUGGUAGCUAAAGGACGAUCAGCUGAAUCGGCACGAGAAUUGUUUCCACAUGUAGUGAAAAAUGUUGUAACAAAAAAUACUGAAUUGAAAAAAUUAGUCUACCUAUAUCUAACACGUUAUGCAGAACAAGAACAAGAUCUGGCACUUUUAUCCAUUGCUACAUUUCAACAUGCACUUAAAGAUCCAAAUCCAUUGAUUCGAGGAUCAGCAAUUCGUGUUCUUAGUUCGAUUCGUGUUCCAAUGAUUUCACCGAUCGUAUUGAUUGCUAUCAAAGAUUGUGCCAAUGAUAUGUCACCAUAUGUAAGAAAAAUUGCUGCACAUGCUAUACCGAAAUUAGUAUCGCUUGAUGCCGAUAUCAAAGAUGAAGUAAUCGAUAUUAUUGCUAAAUUAUUGGCCGAUAAAGUUAGCCUUGUUCUUGGAUCGGCCGUAGCUGCAUUCGAAGAAGUUUGUCCCGAACGUUUUGAUCUAAUACAUCAGAAUUAUCGUAAACUUUGUCAAUUAUUAGUAGAUGUCGAUGAAUGGGGUCAGAUUAUCAUUAUCAACAUGUUGGUUCGAUAUGCACGUACACAAUUUAUAAAUCCAAAUCAAUCAUUAUCAUUAUCAUCACCGUCACGUGUUGAUCCAGAUCAUUUACUUCUAAUACGUUCGGUGAAACCAUUAUUACAAAGCCGUAAUUCGGGUGUUGUAUUAGCCGUUAUACAGCUAUAUCUAUCGGUUGCACCACAUUUUGAAAUAACCGCAUCAUUAGUUCGCCCAUUAAUUCGUUUAUUACAUUCACAUUAUGAAAUUCAAUUGAUUAUAUUGAAAAAUAUUGUUACAUUAACAUCGGCUGAAUUUAAUCAAAAAUGGCUUGAAGAUAAUGGUCUUGUACAACGUUCUAAUAAUGAUGAUGAUCAUAAUAAUAAAUCAACAGCUACCCAACAAUCAUCACAAUUGUUAAUGUCAACCGAUUCUAAUUGUGUCCAUCAUCGACAAACAAAUGGUGAGAUUAGAAAAGAAUCAGAUGAUGAAGAAUCUAAUGAUGCUGAUGAUAAUAAUGAAUCGGAUACAGAAGAUCAAUCCAAUAAUCGAACACCAAUGAUUCGUACGAUUAAAUCAUUAUUUGAGCCAUAUUUAAAAUCUUUUUUCGUUAAAGCAAAUGAUAGUACACAGAUCAAGAUAUUGAAAUUAGAAAUUCUAACAAACCUAAGCAAUACGGGUAAUUAUAUAUCGCUUGUAUUGCGAGAAUUUCAAGCCUAUAUUAUGAACUAUCAAGAUGAUCUUGAAUUUAUGUCGGCUACGAUCGAAUCAAUCGGUCAAUGUGCAUCACGUAUCAAAGAGAUUGCACCUGUUUGUCUAAAUGGUCUUGUAUCAUUGUUAUCGAAUCGUAAUGAAACAAUUGUUGCACAAAGUAUCGUCGUCAUACGUACACAGAUUAUUAAUAAAGAUCAAACAAUAAUAUCGAUGAUUGUUAAACAAAUUGUACGAUUAAUGACAAAAAUUUCAACACCACAAGCACGUGCAACAAUCGUAUGGAUUGUAGCUGAAUUUUGUCAUCGUAAUCGCCAUGCACGUCGUUUAGCACCAAAUGUUUUAUUACAGAUUGCUAAAUCAUUUUGUCAUGAACAUGAUCUGGUCAAAUUGCAAGCAAUGAAUUUGGCUGCUAAAUUAUCGAUUACAAUGAUCGAUGAUAAUGUUAAUGAUGAUGGUUGUGGUCAACAGAUCAAUACCAACUUGGAACCAUUAGAUAUUGAUCGUGAACGUCUUAAAUCAUUGAUAUCUUAUGUAUUCAAUUUGGCUAAAUAUGAUCUUAAUUAUGAUGUUCGUGAUCGUGGUCGUUUCCUUAAACAUUUGAUCGGUGAUCCAUUACUAGCAAGACGUUUAUUAUUGAUGCCCAAACAACAGCCAAAUGUUUCACAACGAAAUCAUUUACUUGUCCAACAACAACAACAAAUUGCACCGGAUGUCAUUAUGGCCGAUCAAUUACCACCACCACCGACAGUGGCCAUUCAUCAACAACAAUGUUUAACAAUGUUGGCUAGUUCCAAUGAUUCGAGUCGAUAUCGUUUUGGUACACUUUCACAUUUCCUCGGUAAACGUAUGCAAGAUUAUGAAGAACUACCGGAUUAUCCUACGAUUGCACCGGAUUCAAAUGUAAGAAAACAACCAGAACCUAUUGCUCAACCAAAAUCGAUUGAUAAAUCCUUUACAUUGACUGCAAUAAAUAAUAAUAAUGAUGAUAAAUUUCGUCUUCGACCACGUAAUGGAUUCCUAGAUGAUGAUGUAGAUGAAGAAGGGGAGGAGGAAGAUGAGGAAGAAGAUUCAGAUGAUUAUGAAGAUGAAGAUGAAGAAGAAGUAGAAGUAGAAGAUGAUGAACAAGAAGAUGAAGAAGAAUAUGAAGAAGUUGAUGAUGAUGACGAAGAUGAGGAAGAUGAUAACGAUGAUGUUGAAGAAGGUGACGAAGAAGAAGAAGAAGAAGUGAUGGUGGAAGAAGUGAAACCAAUACCAACAUCAAAACAUUUGAAACAAAAAUCAUCAAAAUCCAGGCCACAUCCAUCGUCAGAUGUUGAUCUAUUACUUGAUCUAAGUGAUUUAAAUAUAAAUGGUUCGAAUAUAAUGACAGCUGUAUCACCAUUACAUCAGCCAUUAUUACCGAUGAUGAUGAUGGCCAGCUCAAAUUCGAUUGUGCAAUCGCAACAACAACAGGAACCAUAUCGAAUACUGGAAUCGCCGGAAUCUGUUACAUAUAAAGAAUUUGAAUUACUCGAUGUAACCGCUACUGAUGGAUUCAAAGUAUCGUAUCGUUUUCCAAGGAUUAAUGAAGCAACAAAAACUCUAGUGGAAUUAGUAGUGAAAUGUACUUUGAAAAUUGAUGAUAACCGUAAUCAGAAUCGAAUCACAAUACAACCACCUUCGAAUGGAUCGAUUCAAUUUAAAAAUGUUGAGUAUCAAGCCGAUGAUAAUCAGGUUGUGAUUCCUAUAUUGGCUCCUGAUGAAACACGAUUAGUUACAUUGGCCGUGGAUUUUAAUGAAUCACCAUCAUUGGGUAUUGAAUUGAAAUUUAAUCGCAUACAUUCAGUGAAAUUGGUCGCACCAUUAGGCGAUAUUCUUUAUCCGGUUCGUUUCCGUACCGUUGAUGAUUUCCUACAGGAACGUUCAAAAUUAACCGGAAUGAAUGAAGUAACUGGCACUGUUCGUAUCGAAUCUAGCCAGCAAACAUAUAAAUGUAUGGAACAAUUAUGUACGACAAUCAAUCAGAUUUUAUUGAAUUUGGCAAAUGUUUGUACAAAUCAACAUUUUAGCAACAUUAAUAACGAUGGUGAUACUACUACAACAUCGGAUGAUAAUAAUCAAACACUAUAUUAUUCUGCAUGUACGGUUAAAUUUCGUUCAUUAAUUUUGAUUACAAUCAAAAUUGAAACCAAUAAUAAUGAUAAUGAUGAUGAUAAUAAUCAAUGGUCAUCAUUUACAAUGAAAACAAUUGUUAAUUGUGAAAAAAUGGUACUCGGAUCAAUGAUGAGUAAAUUGAUCAAAGAUGAAUCACAGAAAAAGCUGUGAAUUUUUUGUUUUCUCUCUCUUUUUCAUUCUGUUUGUCUGACCAAAGGUGUGACCAAGAAAACAAAAACAGAAUUUUUUUUCAAAAUUUAUUUUUUAUUAUUAAUUUCAAUAUAAUUAAAAAAUAUACAAAUUGAUAAUUACUAAUUUUUUUUAAAUUGAAAAGAAAUAAAAUCGAUUUUGAUGAUGCUGUUGAUGAAUGUAUCAUCUUUUUCA